AUGUUUCCCGAGCUCUGCAUCCUGCAACUCGUCGGACCUAACAUCUCGGGACACUCGACACUGCCGCCCUGCCGCCCUUGUUCCUCAGCACUCAUCUUCGCCAUCUGUCCAUCAAACUGCAAAGUCUCCGCCAAAUCUCUCUACGACGAGCCGGAGCGCAAGCUCGCAGACAAUGUUCCGUUCCUCGAGACUCCCGUAGCCAACUUCGUCAGCACGCUAAACUUGAACCACUCAAAGUUCGACUUGGCAGCAGCCGGUGGCCUGCGAACGAACUGGCACCGCUCCCAUCGGCCGAGGUCCUUGACGCUCCAGGCUGUGGACUACGAUACGGGCGCGCGGGCCCCGCUUAGACUAGCCGCCGCCGCCGCCUCAACCUCGAUUUCGAGCUCGGCGUGUCGACUGAAGUUGACCUGGCUAGACGCUGAAAGUUCACUCGAGCUCCACACGAUCGACCCGGACAUUCUAUGGCCAUACCCCUCCUCCGAGCCUCUCUUUGCGUUCACAUCGGCGCUCGCGACCUGUACGUUCUCCGCGGGCCUCGAGGAAAUCAGCAUCUCGAAGCUCUACUCGGACGAAAUCCUUUUCCUCACCAACUCUGGGCAGCCUCUCUAG